AUUAAAAGAAAACAGAUAAUUCAUCUUCUUCGUUUUAUUCUCAUUCUCAAAAAAGGAAAAAAAAAAAAAACAAAAAACAAAUUUCCAGAAACAAAGAGGACACCACAAAUCCCCUCCGUUCUUCAGUUUCUUCCUGACAAACUAAGAAGAAAAAGUGAAGAAGAAAAAAAAUGGCUGUCUCUUCGGCCACAUUUUCCACUUUUGUCUCGCCCCAAACGGUGUCGUUCUCGGGCAAACCCUCUUCUCUCCGUCUUCUUCAUCCAACUAACGUGCGCAUGGUACGAACCCUGACUCAAGCCACGGCUUCAAAGACUGACAGCGGUCCCCGGAAGCCACGUGGCAUAAUGAAGCCCCGCCCUGUGUCGCCUGAGAUGCAAGCUCUCGUGGGAGUCCCGGAAAUCCCUCGAACUGAAGUUCUUAAGCAGAUUUGGGCUUAUAUUAAAGAGCACAAUCUUCAGGACCCCAAUAACAAGAGGGUUAUAAUUUGCGAUGACAAGCUGAAGAAGAUAUUCGGAGGCAAAGAUCGUGUCGAAUUUCUUGAAAUCGCCGGGUUGAUUAAUCCUCACUUUCUUUGAUGGAUUCUAGAGAAGGCGAGAGAGAGCAAAAUCAGUUUGCAAAAUAGGCAAAUAACCUGUGUCUAUUGGAGCCUAUCUUUUUUUGUUGAAAAUAUUGAACAAAAACAAUGCCUAGUUCCUCCUCCAAUUUGCAAAUAGAAAGUACCUUAAGGUUUUCUGUUUCUGGAUUUCUUAAUAUUGUAGUGACUGUUUAAUGCAAAGAUUAUUAGUGCAUUUCUAAUGUUUAUGAAUGUUAUUAAA